CACCCGGGGCCCUGAAGGACUGCAAACACGUAGACCAGGCCACGAGCCAUAUCUAAAAUGGCGGCGCAGUGACCCUGCUGGCUCGCACAGAUACCUGCGGCUCCCGGGGGGAUGCCAUCUACACAAGCCCUGUGAAUCUGAUCUAAUAGACAACCCCCCGGGCAUGCUCGGCCGGCCGGCACAGAAGGCACAUCACCUCCACAACGGCACAGCGACACCUAACUGCCAAACCGCAAGGAGGAGACACCAAACGGCUGGAGGAAAACAGCUGCGACAAAAUCAGGGGGACUUACCAACCUUCAGCAGCCACAAAGCAGAACUCGGGCAGACAGGACUUGAGGAACCAGCAUGA